UGAGUGCGUUCAUAGUUUCAUAGGCAGGCUUCGUCGAUUUGAAACCAUGGUGAGGAGAAAGUCACAAGGAGGAAGCAAGACCCAACGUGGUGCAUUGAAACCUAUACCAAAAAAGAAUGCAGCUCAAGAGGUAAUCGAAUUUGACGAUGACGAGGACUUGGAAUUUGAAGACGAUUCUGAAUUAGACGAAGAUAAAGAAUUGGAUGAAGAAGAAUCACUCGAUGAAGAAGAGGAUGAAGAUUUGGACGAAGAGGAGGCGGAGGAAGAAGUGGCAUCUUCUCCCAACACCAAGCAAAAAGUAUCACCUCCUAAGGUCAAGCAAGAAGGGCCACAAAAGACCCGAACCAAGCGAAAGGCUGUAGGAAACACACCAUCUCGAGCCAAGCGUGUUAAACUGGAAGACUAUAUCCCGGCUUCACAAGUUCUGGACUACAACGAGCGCGACACGCGUACACUGUGCCUCAAGAAUUUCCACACCUCUGUUAAGUUUGAGGACGUCGAGAAGGUUUGCAGGGGAGCUGUCGAGAUGCGUGGACGCAGAAAGAGUCCAUUAUCGGUGCUCUUUGUGACAUAUCCAACACCACAGGAUGCCAACGCUGCAGUCAAGAAACUCCAGAAAUUUAAGUUAAAGGGAAAAGCUCUUGAGGUUGAGUGCUGUGCGGCUGUGCAUAAAGAGGGAGGACCACAAAGAAGGAGGGGAGGGCGUAAUAUUCGUGCCCUUAAUGUGCACAAUAUUCCGAAGGCUACCUCGAGGUCAGAGCUCAGGGCCCUGUUUCCUGGUUUGAAAGUAGCGAAAUGGCUUCCCAAAUUUGGCUGGGCAAGGCUGAGGUUUGAAAGUAUAAGUGACCUCAAGAGUGCCAUCGAGAAUCCGCAGUGCCAUCAAAUAGGAGGUACAAAGCUUAUGUUUGCUUUUCGAUUCAAGAAACAGACACAGGUACAAGGAAAAAGACAACUUAAAACUGUGGCAAAGGAAGUUCCCACUCCUCUGACUGGCAAGAAGGUUGCCACAGCUCCUGCAAGCGAAGGAAAGAGACGUCUGCAGGGCAAAAGACCCAAUAAGCAAGGAGCUGUCGCCAAGUCUGCAAGUUCUAGCAAUAGUCCCAAAACGUUCCAGCCUGUAGGCACCACGAAGAGUCCCCUGCCAAAACAGAAGUUUCAGACUCCCAGGCAGUCGCCUAAGGGAGCACCCAAAGGUAGAAAAAGCACAGGGAAAAAGCAGAAGGCUUGAUUCUGUUCCCAAGAAACAUUCAUUCAACAUCUCUGGAUGAUUCUUUUUUUUUUUUUUUUUUAUCACUCAUCCAUUUCCAUGUUGUCUGGGCUUUGCACAAUAAAUUUUGGUUGCCUGUUCCA